AUGACAGUUCUAGGUCUUGUUAAUGGAUUCCAAGGAGAUCACUGUGGAAACCGCAAACACAUUUUUAUUGCUGCAGAAAAUCGUGCACUUCAGACUUCUACAUUAAGAGAGGAGCAGGUCAAGUCUGCUGUCCGCUGUGUUAGCUACUGUCAUGCUGAUAACAACUGUCGAUCUGUGAAUUAUCAUGAAACAGAUCAACUUUGUCAAAUGAACAAUCUGACAAGGAUGCAAAAUCCUGCUGAUUUCUUUACACACUACGGCAGUGUGUACUUUGAUGAUGAUGUACACACAUCUCUAUUCUCUGUGCCGCAGUUCAGAGGUUGUGAUGAGGUCCUUCAAGCUGGUCAUAAUGUGAGUGGUAUCUACACGAUAUUCACAGCUGGAUUCAAUGAUGGGCUACAGGUCUACUGUGACAUGGAGACUGAUGGAGGGGGAUGGAUCGUCAUUCAGAGGCGUCAAGAUGGCAGCGUUGACUUCUACCGCAACUGGGCUGACUACCAGGUUGGCUUUGGCAGCUUGUCUGGUGAGUUCUGGCUUGGGAAUGACAACCUACGCAGCCUGACUGAGACUGAAGGUAAGUGGCAACUUCGAAUUGACUUAGAGGACUGGGAGGAUAACACGGACUGGGAGAAUAACACGGCCUGGGCUGAAUAUGACGACUUUCAGAUUCAUGGAGACAACUACACACUCCAAGUCAACUCAUACAAUACCCACAGCACUGCAGGAGACUCGCUCACAUACCACAAUGGAACGAUGUUUUCAACUAAAGACAAGGACAAUGAUACAUUUAAAAAGAAAUUAUGUGCCAAACUGCGCAAAGUCGCAAGAAGCCAAGCUUCGGGGUUCAGGGACGAGUCAAGUCGCGGUGCCGUUGCUGGGGUCUUCGUUGCUGUUGCGUACUCGGUCGGGAGUAGGAGCUCAUCUCUGACGGUGGACGCUCUGGUGCGGCUGGGUUCGGGAGUUGAUGCUCUGGGUUUAGCUAGCAGUAAGCUAAGUGUUGUCUAG